UCGUGUCGUUUUAUUAAUGCGUAAUCGUUUUGUGUGCAAAUAAUGCCUCACGUUAUUUUCGACUUCGAUUGCUCCAGCUGCUGCAGUUCGAUGCUGUUUGGAGCUUUUCAUCGCACAUUGCCGGAGGUCGACGUUGGUUCACAUUUUCGUGAUAGUGCAUAAAUUGUUGUCCAAGAUCGAUGUGGAAAAUGGUUGCGCUUUGCAGUGUGAUGGCAUGAAAUGCACGACAAAUGGAUGGUUUGCCAACCCUUUCACUAAUUGUUAUGGCACCGGCAGUGCCGUUUGCGUUGUUAUGCAAUAUCGCGAGUGAUACCGUGAAAAUGUUACAUCCCAGCCUCGGAGAGUACGAAUGUAAUAUGGAAAUUUUCUAAGUGCAGUAUAUGUGUCGAAUCUUCGGGACCAUGAUAAUGUAAACUGUUGAGUUUUUACACUAAGAAGUUCGGGACGGGUAUAGCGAGACGAGUUAAUCAAUGUCCUUAAGGCUGUCAAUCUGGGUACAACUCCCGCACAUCACUAUAAUAAAUAUAAUCAAAAAGAAGUAUAACAUAUUACUCAUCGAUCACUACGCCGAGUGGCGGAAGAAUUUCAGCAUGCAUUUCAUGAAUGAGUAACAAUUACCUAGAAGCGGACCUCAAUUAGCACACAUACCGAUCCAGACGUAGUUCUCUACAAUAUGUCAGUGUUCAGUGCGGUAUAAUGUGACUGUGAAACUCGAGGUGGCACUUAGGCGAGGCGCGUCACCUGUGCUGCUUGUGUCGUGUGCUGUGUUGGUGACUAAUUUCUGUUCGGUAGCAGUCAAUCGCCUGUCGUUAAUAUCGGUUUUAGUUGUAGUGAAUCUGUUUAGUACAAUUGUUUCAAAAUAUAAACCUUGAAAAAAGGCGAAAAAUUGAUCAGAACGCAUUCGAAGACAGGUUACCAAUCAACACAUCUGAGUCUUGAGUGUUGGGUGCAAUGAAAAUAAUCGGUUCCUGUACACCAACUGAAGCAGUCGUGCAUUUCGAAGUCUAUUCGUAGAGUUAUUUUAGUGUAUCCUGAUGCAUAACACCACUGCCAGUAGUUUGAAGUGUUUUAAUUAUGGCAGUAGGUUCAAACGAACGUCGUUUAGUUUUAGUGAAAAUCGCUCCUGGCACAUCCUAUCGUAGUGUCCGAAGAAAGUGUGCUUAUUUGAGCUUUGGAUCGAGUUUGUUAAUUUGCGCUGCUUUUCUGUUGUGCUACAGCACCUACGGUGUGGGCGGACAGUAUCAUACUACGCGAGAUCCGCGAUGGUACUCGCGAGAAGGAGACUAUAGCUAUCAUUUGCCCAAUCCCGGCGACCCAGACUACAGGAGUUUAAUCGGUACAAGUUAUGGAACAUACACCUACAACAACCGCCGGUACGGUUACUAUCAACCGAAUGGAUAUGGUCAACUAUACCCUGGCCAGAAUCUGCCAGGUCAAUAUCCGCAAAACACCGGUCUCGGGGAAGAUCGGUUCAAGUUCGACCCGACCAAUCCAAACAACGUGCAGACGCCGUUCCCGGGUGUACUCGGCGGUUGGCGGGAAGAUCUGCAGGGAAAACUGCGCCGUGACUCAUUGCAGCUGGAUCGCGAUGUGUUUGUGACUACCAACUACGGACAGGUGCAAGGUUUUAAGGUACAUCUCUACGACAAUCCGGAUCCGAAAUCAUUCUACCGACCGUGGCACAGUCCGGUCGACCGGAUUAUGGGUACCUGUUCGACAUUCCUGGGAAUUCCCUACGCACUGCCGCCAACGUUUGAAGGAAGAUUUAAACCUCCGCGUCAGCAUAGAGGCUGGCAGUUACUGCAAGCCGUUGACUAUGGGCCAGCUUGUCCACAACCGGUACAAUACACUGGAGCUACCAAGGGCAUUCGUGACAUGGAUGAAGACUGUCUUUACCUAAAUGUGUUCUCUCCCAAUACUCAAUCGGGUGUCGCUCAAAAAUAUCCGGUAAUGGUCUACAUCCACGGCGGCGAAUUCGUCCGUGGGGCAUCCAACACCUUCCCGGGUCACAUGCUGGCCGCUUUCUACGAAGUGGUAGUGGUAACGUUUAACUAUCGGUUGGGUGCGCUUGGUUUCCUCUCAACCGGAGACGAAAACUCCCCAGGAAACUAUGGCAUUUUGGACCAGAUCAUGGCCGUUCGUUGGGUGUACGAUAAUAUCGAAUCGUUCAACGGAGAUCGCGACUCGAUAACACUCUUUGGACCAGGAGCCGGGGCUGCAUCAGCCGGCCUGUUGAUGGUGGCUCCCCAGACGAAGGACAUCGUAACCAGGGUGAUAGCACAGUCAGGAUCGGCAGUAGCUGAUUGGGCGUUAAUCGUAGAUAAAUACCGCGCACAAAAUACGAGCAGAGUGUUUGGUCAGAUGGUUGGUUGUUCGAUAGAGACUUCGUGGAAAUUGGUGAACUGUAUGCGGCAAGGCAGAAGCUUCUAUGAACUGGGUAAUGCCGAGUUUGCACCUCAUGUUGGAUUAUUUCCCUGGGGACCGGUGCUGGACAUAAACUUUACUUAUCCGGGUGAUGAAUGGUAUGAAGGAUGGAGAGAACGUGACUGGCAUUUUCUGUCGGAAACCCCAGAGGAACUAAUCCGGAAAGGCCACUUCAACAGAGGACUUCACUAUAUGAGUGGAGUUACGCAGCAAGAGGCAGCAUUUGUAAUAACUCAAAAUGAAACUCUCGCACCGUAUUAUGAAAUAGACGAAAAGUUCUUUAAGCAGAAAGUUUGGGAAUUAGUUUACCGAUAUAAUUAUACGCUCAACUUAAAUGGAACGUACGAAGCCGUCAAAUACAUGUACACUCAUUGGCCCGAUCCCAAAAAUACGACCUUCAUCCGAGAGCAGUAUAUCAAUCUUCUUUCGGACUUUCUGUACCGCGCACCAGCUGACAAAAUGAUUAAACUUCUCGUGGAGCGUAAAGUUCCCGUUUACAGUUAUGUCACAAACACCACAAUAGAGGGUCUGAAACUUGCUUAUUGGCGUAAGGUUCCGCACGACAUUGAACAUUAUCUUUUGACGGGGGCACCAUUUAUGGAUGUCGAGUUCUUCCCGCGAAAGGCACGCCUAGAUCGGCUGAUGUGGACUGAUAACGAUCGGAACAUGAGCCAUUUCUUCAUGAAGACUUACUCGGACUUCGCACGCUAUGGUAAUCCAACACCUCAACGGGUACUUGGAUUACACUUUGAAAAGGCCACCAACGGAGAUUUGCGAUAUUUAAACUUGAAUACAACGUACAAUUCGUCUAUUCUGAUGAAUUAUCGGCAGACGGAAAGUGCAUUCUGGACACAGUACAUUCCUGCCGUGGUUGGAGUUCUCGUUCCCACGUACCCACCGUCAACAGAGUUCUGGUGGGAACCAAAGGAACCACUGCAGAUUGCAUUUUGGAGUAUGUCCGUCGCUUGUAUGCUACUAAUUGUGAUAGUGGUAAUUUGCUGCAUACUGUGGAGAAACGCUAAGAGACAAUCGGACCGAUUCUACGAUGAAGGCGUGUUUGUAGUAGAUAACCCGGAAUCCGAGCGUGAAAUCGGUAUCGAUAAUAACGUAAUACAAGCACAGCCACUCCGUACAAGAGACAAUAUUUACGAGUACCGUGACUCUCCGUCCAAGUAUGGCAAACAACCGCAUCCCGAUGCCGCAUCCUUUCGAUCACCCAGCUCUUUGGGAAUGACGCAAACUACCGGGAAAUCGAUCUCCGGAAGUCAAAGUUCCUUGCGCAGUGGUAUCUCGUUAAAAGAAUCGACAACCGUUAGUCCCACGCCGAGAUCCGAAUCCAACUUCGAUCGCAACAUCAAAUACGCCGAAAGGGGAGUGGACACUGAAAUACACAAAAAUGGCAAAUAUCCACGGUCGGACUCGAAAACGACGUUGAAUGAUACCAAGUCAAGGGAAUUCGCCACCAGCACACCAGUGGAAAAUGUUUCACGAUCUCAGCAACCGACACCGCAACCGGCAGGGCGAGGGAGCCGCGCUGGUUUCGAUCGGAGCAACAAUGCAAGUCGAACUAAUUUAAUCGAAGGAAUCCCACAGACCGAGGUUUAGGCAGGCAGAAUAGGAAAGUUAUUUAAGAAUAUAUAAAUGUUUACGAUUUAGUGUAAUUAUUCAUGACGAUCGAUGUCAUGAAUUGCCACGCAUCCCCAUCACAAUCAAAUAGAAACAACCUUGAUAAUCAUAACAUAUCAGGUUAGAUUAGAUUAGGCUAGAUUAGGUUAGGUUAGAUUAGGUAAAAUAAAAACGCUAGGACAAUCGAAGCCGUACUGUAGUGAGAUAACGAUAAAAUCUACAAUAGAUUGACAUUAGUUGGUAAGGGAAAAUCAGCACCAAGUGCCUUACUAUUCAAACAAUCAUAGUUUCGAAUCACACAAAUUAGGUUUUAACUUUGUUUAGAUAAAGGACUCAGAAACUAAAGUUGGGAGUCAAAUACGUACUGAAUGUUAGUUAAAUUAAUUAUUUGUUUUAUGUUUUAUGUACAUAGCUGUGCUGUGCAUGUCCACGUGUCAGUGUAUCCGUCCAAUUUUGUUUAAGUGUACCGUGAUAACGUGUUUCUCCGUUAAAUGAUGUCUUCACAGAUUUUGAAUUUUUAGUUGUCGCACAGUUUUCAAUUCUUCGUUUAGUUAUUUAAGUACUUAUUUCGUCUGUAUGUUAUAUCGCAUCUGCGAGAGCAAACAAUCAAAGCAAACAUUUUAGGCCAAGCUGUGCAAAUAUUGUUACUCUUAAAAUCUUAUUCAAUAGAUCGUGUAAAUAUUUAUUGUCUUCCAUGUUUAUGCAUUCCUACAUAAUGUACAUGUUAGCCUACCUUCAUCUGUUUUGUGCUAUCAUUCGGAAUAUUUUUUUUCUUAUAUAACAACUAAAUGGUAAGCAUUUAUGAGACAUGUACAUAUAGUGAUGAUUAGUAUUGAUUGAUUACCAUUUAAGUAUUAUUGAGUAUAAUUUUUCUGCUUCAGCAGUACGCGGUAGACGAUAGAAAAAUAAUUUUAAGAUUUUAGAAUUUUGAAUAAUAAUGUAAAAAAUUUACUAAUUGAUUUGAACUAAUAAAUUGAUCAAAAACUAUAUUUAUUUUACUAUGGCUUCAAGAUAAAGGAAAAAUCUCUGUUUUGCCACUCUCAUGAAGAAAGGCUAUGCAAUCGCUGUUAAAAACGGUUUUACAACCGAGGCCCGGAUGGCCGAGUGUCAUAUACACUAAGGUCUCUUUUAACACCGGGGUUACGUACCGUGUUAAAAAAUCUGUGUAAAAGAAAACCUUGUUAAUUGCGGAAACCGUGCAAAAAAAACCGCGUAGAAAAAUUGACAUAAUAAUUCCAGAAACCGUAGAUUUGGUUAUUUGUUUGUUUUGUUUUGGAUUGUUGUUUCACAAUAAAAACGGAAAUCUAAAAAACAACCAGAGGUUACGAGAAGGGUCCAGUCAUACUUGAUAAAACACAUUGGAUGAUAAAUUAAAAUUAGAAUACUUAAAAACGCGUUGUACGACAAGCAAAUUAUUCUAAAUGGCUCAUGCCUUCUGUAUCAUGCAUUCGGUUUUCAAAAAACCGAUAAUACUUUCAAAUUAGAACGCUCGACUAAAGAAGUGCUAGUAAUACCACCAAUAAACACUUUCACUACAAAUCAAGCUUGAGAAUCAGUUCUUUUCAAUUCCGAAGGUGCGAUGUGUAGUAAACACUAACGAUCUUAACAGUCAUUUUCAACUAAACAAGGGUAUUGAAUGAAGAUCUAUGCACGCAGAGACAUAAUUAAAGGGGAAGAAUUCAUAGAGAUGAAAAUAAAUCAAAUUAGAAAUGGUAUUACUAUGUGUAACGCACGCAUAUUUUUUUUUCACGAAAAACAGUACAUUUGGCGAAAAAAUCAAGGAAAUACAGUACAUCGACUUUGAAAAUACAGUACAUUUUACAGUACCCUUUUUUUCUAAAAAUAGUGAAUUAAAAAACAAAAGCAAAUAAAUUUGAUCAGCAUCUUACGAGGAAAACAGAUUGAGAAAAUGACAUGCGAAUACAACUAUGUAAUGAAAACCGCGAAAAAGCCACCGCGGAGAUGGGACUCGAACCCGUAGCAAGCCAAAUACGGGUAAAUCGUUUUGCUUAUUCAACUAUCCUACAUGUGUGACACACAUACAAACAGACUAACUGAACAUAAGAACCGAGCAUGUUCAGCUGUUCUCGGGCCCUACGGCGUUCAUUUGUAGUCAUUUCUCAAUAACAACCCCUCCGCAAGGUGUUUCAGCCCUCAAUUAGUCCGUUUUUUGUAUGUUUCACAUGCAGAAAAGCUUAAUUGGCAAAACGAUUUAGGAGGAUAGGAACUAUUUUCGGGUUCGAGUACCGUUUCUGUGGUAGCUUUUUCGCGGUUUUCAUCACACAGUUGUAUUCGCAUAUCAUGUAAAACUUACUCAAUACGGCUCUACGUCAAGACUAAACAAAUCGUUCAUAGAAAGUUCAUAAACUCAAUUAUUUUUUAUUUCCUUUUUAGGGCAUUUUAAAAUUCGUCAAAAACUGAAAAAUGUGCGAAAGUAUUUUAUUUAUUUUUGGUUGAGACAUUUUUCUUUUUUUUAAUCAUCAAAGUUUCGCUUGAUUGUUGUGACCAAAGAUAAACUCAAGAUUACAAUGUCCCAUACAGGCCAUCAAAAAUAUUAGUAACCGUGAAACAGUGAACUUCGUAAUAAUGCAAUUCUGUUGACCCUUCGGUUAUAAGCAUCGUUAAACAUUGGAAAACGACGGUAAAAUUCCAUAGCAACAAUACAAGUUUAGAAGGAAGUGAACAUAUGUAAACAUACCGCACACAAUAUUUUGUUACAUCCAUCCACUUUAAUGCCACUUAAGAUAAGAAUAUAACAAAUGAAAUAAAUUCUUAGUAAUAUUUUUAAUAGAUUCUUGCUUUUCUGUCUCAAGAUCCACUCGAUAAGCAGCAAAAUACCGCCAUUUCUUCCAUAUUGCAACUUAAGAUUAAUUCUACAUAAACAAACAUUGUCAUAGUUACGACGCUUGUAGCGAUUCGACGCUAAUUGUUUUGUUUUAAAUAACACUUGUACUGCAACUGACGGUGAACCGAUUUCAUCGGGGGGUCCUAUUUGAAUGGUAUAUGAAAAAUCAUAGACUAUUCCAUAUUGAGUUUAUCUUUGGUUGUGACGCGCUUUGAACAAGAAUUAUUAACGAAAAAACUUGUGUGUGUUGUUGUUGUGUUCUCAUUCACAUUCGCUACGUGUUGUUACUGUUCGUGUACUGCCACAGAUCGAAAUUCGAUGCGUUGAAGAUAUAAAAU